GAUUCAUAUUCACUAGAAUUAAAAAAAAAUAUAGCAUACUAUAUAUUUCAUUUUCUGACCUUUUAGGAUGAUGUUGAAGCUUGCAGUCCUUCUGGUUGUUGCCGCCAGUACACAAGCCAGCUUUAAGAGUUAUGGCAGCGGUGGUUACGGAGGUAGCGGACACGGAGGGGCACUCGGUGGGGGAGGCUUCGGUGGUUUAGGAGGAGGUGCCCUGGGUGGAGGCCUCGGAAGCGGUGGCGGACUUGGAGGAGGACUAAGCUCCGGCGGACUAGGAGGAAUUAGCUAUGGUGGGCUAGGAGGACCAGGCUCCGGCGGAUUAGGACUAGGCUCUGGCGGACUAGGACUAGGCUCCGGUGGACUAGGAGGAAUUAGCUAUGGCGGACUAGGAGGACCAGGCUCCGGCGGAUUUGGAUUAGGUUCUGGUGGUCUAGGAGGAUUAAGAGGUCUAGGAGGAGGGUUAAGAGGAGGUUCAGGCCCGGGAGGAUUUGGAGGCUACUACCCAGGAGGUGGAAGCCGCAGUUAUUACUAUUAUAUUCAAUACAUCAUCUACUUGUUGAGAAUAUUGGGACCCUUCUAUGGAGGUCCUAUUGGCGGCGGCGGCGGUUUUCCAUAUGGUGGAACUGGUGGCAUUUCCUACGGAGGGGGAUUCCCAAGGGGCGGAUUAGGUGGAAUUGGAGGCGGAUUAGGUGGAAUUGGAGGCGGAUUAGGUGGAAUCGGAGGCGGAUUAGGUGGAAUGGGCGGCGGAUUAGGUGGAAUCGGAGGCGGAUUAGGUGGAAUUGGAGGCGGAUUAGGUGGAAUCGGAGGCGGAUUAGGUGGAAUGGGAGGCGGAUUAGGUGGAAUCGGAGGCGGAUUAGGUGGAACUGGUGGUAUUUCUUAUGGAGGUGGAUUAGGUGGUAUCGGCGGUGGCAGUCUCGGUGGAUUCGGUGGCAUCGGUGGUGGUAGCCUCGGUGGUACUGGAGGCGGUUUCAGUGGUUUAGGUGGUCUCGGCGGGAGUGGUGGAUUUGGUGGACUAGGAGGGGGACUUGGCGGUGGACUAGGAGGAGGACUUGGCGGUGGACUAGGGGGAGGACUUGGCGGUGGACUAGGAGGUAUUGGAAGUGGAGGAGGUUUUGGCCACGGAGGAGGUCACGGGGGAUAUCCACGAAAGAAGUACUAUUGAUUGCAAUGAACGCCCAGUAACGACGCCCAUCAUCAAAUCAUCGUAGAAAGGUGUAUGUGUUUGUAGUAAUAAAUAUCUGCAAGUUUC